UAUGGAUCAAAAUACAGAAUAAGAUAGAGAUUGGGAUGAUUUAAAAGGAGUAUUAGCUGAUGACAUCAUUAAUAAAUUUAAAGAAGUAGGUCCAAAAGUUUAUGCUCAUCAAUAUGAAUUUAUGAAUUAUUGUCUAGGUUAAGAAGUUAAUUAAUAAUCUCCUGUGAUUGCUUUAAGAAGUCAAACUGGAAGUGGAAAGACAUUAUGCUUCCAAUCUCUAAUAUAUUAAGAAUUCAAAGAUAAACAUCAAAAAAUUAGUGAACAGAAAUAAAUUAAGUAGAAAGACAAUACAAUGAAAGAAGUUAGAAUGUUAUAUCCAUAUACAAUUGUCUUGGGAUAAACUAUUUACUUGAAAUAGCAUGAAGAAUAUUUCAGAAAACAUUUACCUGAAAGAUUGAAGAAUUAAAAUUUAAAAUUUUAAACUUUCUUUGCAUUUACAAAAGAUAAUGUAUAUCAAAAUUCAUUAUUAUUAUAUAGUAAUUUCAAUAAGUAAAGGAAAAUAGAAUAGAAGAUGCUGAUUGUUAAGUUUACUUAUGUCAUCCUAGUAAAAUGUUAGUUGGAUUGAAGAAUCGUAUAAUAAAUGUAUCGAAUUUAAGGUAUUUAAUAAUUGAUGAAGCUGAUCAAUUAUUAGAAAAGAAUGAAUAAAAUUAAGCUAGAGUUGAAACAAUGCAAUUAAUCUAAUUCAUCUUAGGAUAAACUAAUAAUUAAAAUUAUUAAAUCAUUUUUGUGAGUGCAAGUUUAAAACCUGAAGAAAUAUAAAAUUUUAUUAAAGAAUGUGUUUAAAAUAAUAUUGAUGCAAAUAAAAAAGUAGAUACUAGAUUCUUACAUAAAGAUGAAGAUGAUAUCUAAGAAGUUGUUUGUAAUUUAAGAGUUAUCCCAUAAAUUCAAUAACAAAUUUCUCCUUAUACAAUUGUUCAUAUGUAUAAAGAAGCACCUGAAUAACCAGAAUAAAUCUUAGUAGAUUUAUUAAAAGAUGUUUUUGAUAAAUUUACAGAGGCUUAAGUUAUGAUAUUCUUUAACAAAAAAACAAUUGUUAAUGAAUUAAUAAAUUUAUUUAAAAAAUCAUAGAAAUUAGAAUACAUAGUUAAAAAUAAUUGGAUUGGAGAAUGUACUGGUGAUACUAAUUAAGCGGAUAGAGAAACUGUUAGGAAAGAAUUUAAAGAUGGAAAAAAGAAGAUUCUACUAUGUACAGAUGUUUUAUAAAGAGGAAUGGAUUUUAGAAAAGUGAGAGUUAUUAUUCAUUAUGGAUUACCUAUUACUCCAGCAGGAGAAUUUAAAUCAGAGAGGUAUUAUUAUAUUAAUAAUAAUUUAGUUAUUAUCAACGUUCAGGAAGAACAGGAAGAGCAAAAGAUGAAGGAGUUGUUGUAUCAUUAUUAUUAGAAGAUGACCUAAAAUAGAAAAGAUAAGAGAAAUUAAUAGAAAGUUUAGUGAUGAACAAUUCAAAAAUACAAAAAUAUGAUUAGAAACAAUUCUGCACUGAUUUGGCUAAAUUAUUGAAUUUCAAUAAAGAGUGAU